AACCUGGUGGAAUGUUUCAGAACUCUAUCAAUAUUUAUUUUCUUUGUCUAUAAAAACCCUUCAAAAAAAAUAAUCAAUUUCUUUCUUUCUUUUUCUCUUUCAUCUUUCAAAUAUUUUUAAAAAAAAAGCCAGGAUGAGUAAAUUGAAUGGUUUUGAAGUAACAGUACAAAAGUGUAUUGAAGACCUUCAAAGUAUGUUCAAGGACUAUAACAACUCUAUUGGUUCUAAUGUGGUAACUGCGCUUAGUCCGCCUCAAUAUGAUACAAGCGACGAUUCAACUACAUCAUCUCCAUGUGAGGAGUUCCAUCCAAGAAGAGACUUUCUUUAUUCUGGUGAUCAUGGUACACAGGCUGAUAGCACGAAGCAAAUUACUCAACCAGUUUAUGCUGCCGCAGUAACAAAUUCUAGAGAUCCAAGGCUAGUCGCACAAAGAAGAUCGAUACCAGGUACGUCUAGGCCGACUGUAGGCCCUGUCAAAAGUGACAGAUCAUUGAAUAGUAAUGUUCAUGUUAGUAAUAGACCAGUUGCAAGAGCAACUGAUUUUAGUUUACCUGACAUUAAGUUUGAUGGCUCUGUUCACUUUGAUAAGCAACAGUCGAUCUCUGUCCCCAACUCUCAAAUAUUAUCAGAAGGGUUACUUGUUGACAAGUUUAUCGAAGACUUUGAAACACAACUCAAGCUCUCAAGGUUAGAUCUUGAUCACAACUGGUUUGACCUUUUGGAAACCCGUUUUAAACAAGUGAGAGACUCACGUUUAAACUUGUACUUGUGGUUUAAAAGAAGACUUCAUGAAGGACUAUCCUGGCAAAAUGCUAAAUAUCUAAUUAGAUAUAAUUUCGGCUUUCAUUCCUCCAACUCUUUAGCACUACUUAAAAAGCAGUUUUUAAGUUUAAAGCAAUACCCUCAAGAACAUUUUAAUGAUUUUUAUUUGAGGUUCUCUCCAUAUGCCUUUUCGUGUCACAUAGCAAAUAUCUUUUCUGAAAAAGAAGAUUCUAUUGUUUAUGUUUUCCUUAGUGUCAUUAUUAAUAGUAGCAUUCUAGACCAUCUAUUCAAGGCCCUCCGCAACUUACAAAAUCAAAAAUAUGAAAAUCGUUCUCUUUCUCGACCCGAAAAUCAUUCUGUCAAUACCUGUAUUAAAUCAUUAUCAAUGGUCCCAUCAUCAUGGUUGGAAUUCGAUCAACUUAUCAUAAAACCUAAUAUGACAUAUUUGAUUUUGCUUGAUACCAAACCAUCCCUAAAGUCUAAUAAAAACAAGCAUGUUGCUGAUGAAACACAGUUAGCUGCGCAGAGAACAAGAACAAAGGUCAAGAUCAGCAAGAUAUCUACAAUACCAACAAAAAGUCGACCCGAAUUAAAAAAGUCAAUCAAAGCUGCAUUAGUAAAUAACUAUGGAAAUUCAAGCAGUGUUAAUAAGAACCGUGUACUCUUCUCAGAUAAGAAGGAUUUCUUUUAAACUCUAACUCAGAGUGUCUCCCAUUAUGUAUAUCUUUCUCUCACACCAGUUGUGUCACAAUACCCUUUCCCCCACUGUUUAUAUCACAAAAAUUUCAAAUAAAACAAACAUUUGUCUUGAAAUGACAUAUUAACUGAUAACCUAA